AGGUUUCCAGUUUCUGCUCCUCCCUUAAAGAGUCUGGAUGAUGAACAGUCUCUGCUGCUCUCACAGCUUUAUCCAGACCAAAUUAAAGACAGAGAGCUUUCAAAAGAGAAUGAUGAUGAAAAAUCUAUCAGAAUGCAAGAUCAUGGAGAUGCUUCCAUUUCUUUGAAGACUGAAGACAUUGAGAAGGAUGAAGAGGACAGUGAUGUAGAGAACCCUCUCUCUAAGCUGAAACAUCUCUCAGACUCUGGAUAUCAGAAAUGUUCUACAGAAAAGAAAAAUGUAGAGUCACGGAGGAAAGUCCAGACAGGAGUGAAGCUUGACUGCAAAGACUGUGGCAAAACAUUUAUAGGAAAAUGUGUUUUAGACACACAUAUGAGAAUCCACACAGGAGAGAAGCCUUUCUGUUGCGAUCUAUGUGGACAAAAAUUUAGCCAAAAAGCCCAUUUAAACACGCACAUGAGAAUCCAUACAGGGCAGAAGCCUUUCUGUUGUGAUCUAUGUGAGCAAAAAUUUCGCUAUAAAUCAAAUUUAAACACACACAUGAGAUCCCAUACAGGACAGACGCCUUUCUCUUGUGAUGUAUGUGCACAAAGAUUUCGCUAUAAAUCAAAUUUAAGCACACACAUGAGAAUCCAUACAGGACAGAAGCCUUUCUGUUGUGAUCUAUGUGGACAAAGGUUUAGCCAAAAAACUAAUUUAAAUUCACACAUGAGAAUCCAUACAGGACAGAAGCCUUUCUGUUGUAAUAUGUGUGGAAAGAGAUUUAGCCGAACAGCAAAUUUAAACACACACAUGAGAGUCCAUACAGGAAAGAGACCUUUCUGUUGUGAUCUAUGUGGACAGAGCUUUAGCUUUAAAUCAAAUUUAAACGCACAUAUGAGAAUCCAUACAGGACAGAAGCAUUUCUGUUGUGAUCUAUGUGGGCAAAGAUUUUUCGAAAGAGGAAACUUCAACGCACACAUGAGAAUUCAUACAGGACAGAAACCUUUCUUUUGUGAUAUAUGUGGAAAGAAGUUUUGCCAAAAAUCACAGUUAAACACGCACGUGAUUAUCCAUACAGGCGAGAAACCUUUCUGUUGUGAUCUAUGUGGACGAAGAUUUAGCCGUAAAGCACAUUUAAACUCUCAUAUGAGAAUCCAUACAGAAGGGGAGAUAGCUAUGCUGUGAAUAUUAACUCAAACUUAACCACUAGGCCCACUCCCCUAGGUAGUGGGAUUUGAAAGUAGUACCAUUUACCCUUUCACAUAUUACAUCACUUGGUCAUAAAUAUGGAUAAGUGGAGGAGCAGAGUAGGGCGGGCCAAAAUGGGCGGGCAAGUGGAACUGCGCCUCAAAGCACCUGUUCUUCCCAUGAUAGUGUUCUUGGUGUUGCUGUUGACUGCUGUUGACUGUUGACUUCACCCCAUGAAAGGUCAAGCAACAGGAGGUAGGAGCUAUAAUUAGGCGUUUUCAGGUGGUGCCACAGUGUUUUAGGUAUGCCUUUAAAACAUCCACAGUUGUUUCUCAAAUCAGCUCAGAUGGUCAUAAGCCAGAAUCCUGAAUUAAAUUAUCACACCAAAUACGGUAUGGCUUGCUGAUAUUAAAAAAAUACAAUUUCCAACUAGUUUAAGUUUUACAAGUUGACAAGGAGUAAGCACUAGCUCAAAUAUUUGGUUCCCUAAUCCUUCACACACCCCAGGUCAUCAAGAUCUUCCCUCUUGUGUUCUUCCAACACAACUCUGCUGCUCCUCACCUAUCGAACACUUCCUUGAGGCCAUUUUUGUCCAGAUUACACCUUAAUUACACUUGUAUGCUUAAUUUAAACACUUUAUUUGGAUGAUGAAAUUAUAGUUUCAAUGUUUCAAUUUGUCCAAAUAACUUUAUUUUGUUUCUGGUGGUUUCAAUGAGAAUUUCAGUUCUGCCUCCUUUAUAUCCAUUUUAAACAUCAUAAACAUAGCAUUCAUUAACUUGUUUAUGAACUGUUUUAUUGUAGUGGAGAUCAGGAUUCUGGCUUCUGGAACUUUGUUAGACUAGCUUACAGUCUGUAAAAUUAGGUUAUAAUACAAACAGUAGUACUGAGGCAUUUAAAGAAAGACACAAAGAUAAUAAAACAGUACAUACAGACAAAAAAAUGAAGCAUAGCGUCACAUAAUACUGUUUAUUCCCUGGAAAAUGGUAUAGUUUCAUGCUCACUUUGAAUUCUUGGAAAUUUAAUAUGUUUAGACCAGCCACUGAUGAUUCAAAUCACAAAAAAGUGGUAGACAGACGUUUAAAAAUUGACUUCAAACAUUUAAUCUCAUGAAUUUGGGCUUUCACUGCCAUCUGCUGUCAUAUGAGAGUAAGUACAACUUGAAGACCAUAGGCUUUUUAAUAUUUCUUUUGUCAUUUUAAACAUGAAACUACCAAAGCACAAGCCAAGUAGUAGAACUAAAUGUUGAAAAGAAA